UGGCCAUUGUCAUGCCACGUCAACAAACGAAACGCGAUAGCCCCUUCUUCUUCACCCACAAACUCACUCUUCUUAGCUCCCUUCUCCAGUUCGUCCCAGCAACCCGAACCGCCCUCAACCACAGCAAACCAGUAACCGGGGUAAUUUUCCGGCGACAUGGCAGCCACCUCCAUGGCAUCCUCGUUCUCCACAUCCAUGCAAAACCUCAACUGCAGCCGCCCCAAGAACAGGCCCACCACUUCCGACCAACUACCCAGGCUUCAUGUUUCCAUCAAGGCAUCAUCGCAGAUUCCUUUAUCACUGCAGUCCCACUUCCUCGGAAUGGUCCGGUGCUUGUUUACGCCCGCCGCCGCCGUCUCUCCCAAACGCAGAGUAGCUAGGCUAGCUGUGGCGGAAGAAGCUGCUUUAACGGAAACAGAGCAGGAGGAAGAGGAAGAACACGAAGAAGAGGUGGACGGAGAAGCUGCUUCGACGGGAACGGAGGAGGAGGAAAGUGGGGUUCAAAAUUUGAAGCUUUAUUUUGGGAAUUUGCCAUAUAACUGUGACAGUGCACAGCUUGCUGGAGUUGUUCAAGAAUAUGGAAGCCCUGAGCUUGUUGAGGUUCUGUAUGAUAGAGUAACGGGUAAAAGCCGAGGAUAUGCAUUCGUGACAAUGAGUUCUAUAGAAGAUUGUCAUGCAGUUAUACAAAAUCUUGAUAGAACGGAACUUGGAGGUAGAAUAAUGAGGGUGAACUUCUCAAACAGGCCUCAAGCAAAGGACCCUCUAUAUCCAGAAUCCGAUCACAAACUGUUUGUUGGCAAUUUAUCCUGGACUGUCACAUCUGAGAUCCUAUCAGCUGCAUUUGAGAAACAUGGUAAUGUGGUCGGAGCAAGGGUUCUGUAUGACGGUCAGACUGGCAGGUCCCGGGGCUAUGGUUUUGUUAGCUACGAAACUCAAGAGGAGAUGGAAAAUGCACUCAGUUCUAUGAAUGGAGAGGAAUUGGAGGGAAGGGCACUACGCGUUUUCUUAGCAGAAGGCAAGAAAGAGUAAUGGUGAUUGCAUUUUGUAAAUUUCUGAACUGAAAGAAUGAAAGUUGUUAUUUGAUUGGCAAUAUAAUUGAGGAUUCUGGUGGAAUGGUUACUCUUUUACUAGAACUAGAAUACAGGCCACAUUUCUUGCAGAAUGAAAUGGUUACUUGGUGGCCAUUUAUUGUGUACUUCUCAAAAAUUUUAAUUAUGCUUCAAGAAGCUUCUGGAAUUGCAGAAAAUCCUCAAGAGCAGUUCAAAGAUGUGCUGAUUUUAUCAUUUUGAUUUGAAUAAAGGGGUUAAGAGAGGAAGGUCUUAGAGGGGUUAAGCUUAUAUCUUAUGGACUCG